AUGGCAACACCAACGAAGGCAGGCAAGUCCGCCAAGUGGACGGACGAACUGGACGCUGAGUUUGUGGUUUUGUAUGCCGAAGCAGCAGCCAAGAGCAAAUACGUUGCAAGUGGUGGAAAGCAGCUCAAAUCCAAGGGAUGGCUCCGAUCUCCUCAUGCGCCUUGGCGCGGCCGACUAAGCUGCGACGUGCUUUUUGUGGAGGUUGUCUUUGACUUGUUCGCUUCCAUCGCGCCUCUGGUUGACCUCCACAUCUUGUGGGUCAUCCUUCACGUGUCCUUCCUCCAUGCCCCAUUUCAAGUACCGGGCGAAAAAGGGUUGUUCCAAGUCAACCUAUCUGGCAAAUCACGAGCGCUGAGCUGCGAACUUCAUGCCCGCCUCAACGUUGAUCGCUUUGGCCUGAUUGGCGGCUGCCUUGCCGAACUUGAGAGCUUCGAGCCGGUUGCCACGUGGAACAUGGUUGGGCUCGAUGAAGAAUCCCGCCAGAUCACGCGUCGUCGCCUGGGACAACGAAUUCCGUUUUCCACGGAGUCUAGGCCAGAGGCCGCGAUUCAUCAAGUGGUGUGCCAACGAAGGGAUGCGCAGAGUUAG